CUGAACACUCGAUUAACUUUACUGGGCAUCUUUAUUAGGAACAUGAAGACCAUCUCUUUACUCUUUACCAUCUCUUUAUUCAUCAACGGUGUUGUGACAGAUGAAAUAAAGGUGGGUGACGGUUUGUCUGUCACUCUUCACACUAAUACUGUAAUACAGAGUAAUGAUGUGAUCGAGUGGAGACAUAGAAAUGAACUCAUAGCUAAACUGGACAGAGGUUCAAUCUCAGUGUUUAACGGCUCUGAUGGGACAUUUAGUGACAAACUGAAGAUAAACAAUCAGACUGGAGAUCUCACCAUCAUAGACGUCACAUAUAAACUAAAUGGAGAGUAUCGUCUACAGAUCACUGGAGAGAAAACCACUAGAAAGACAUUCAGCGAUAGUGUUCGGAUAGGUUAUGGAAGUGACAUGACGUCAUUGGCAGUGAUGGAGGGAGAUUCUGUCAUUCUGUUCACUGGGUUUUCUGAAAACCAUGAUGUGAUCCGCUGGAGGUUUCAAAACUCUCCUUUAGCUGAAAUCAGCAUAAAGACUAAAAUCAUCUCAACACAUGAUGAUGUUCAUGAUGGGAGAUUCAGAGACAGACUGAAGCUGAAUUAUCUGUCUGGAUAUCUCACCAUCACAAACAUCACGACUGAAGACUCUGGACUUUAUGAAGUAAAUAUCAACAGCAAUAGCGGAACACACACCAUACACCAGUCAUACACAGUUACUGUAAGUGAUCAAGUGAAGACGCUGUCAGUGAUGGAGGGAGAUUCUCUUAAUCUACAUGUUGACACUCCAGUACAGAGUUAUGAUUUUAUAAACUGGACUUUUGGACCUGAAAAGAAUCCUAUAGUUGUAAUCAAUGGAGGAGAGUUUAAAUUGUUUAGUCACAGAUUCAGAGACAGAGUGCAGGUGAAUGCUCAGACUGGAUCUCUCACCAUCACAAACAUCACAACUGAAGACCCUGGACUUUAUCAACUCCAGAUCACAAACCAUCAAUCCAAAAGAUCCAUUGAUGAGAGAUUCAUUGUGACUGUCAGCACUCAAGAUCGGUCUUCAGAUGAUGUGUCUUCAGAUGUGUCUUCAGGUGUGUCUUCAGGUGUUCGAGCAGGAUCAUGUGUUGGUGUUCUGCUGGGGUUUGUGUGGUCACAGAUCUUCUAAAUCAAGAACACAAGAGGAUAACAACAGAGGAAAACAUUCAGUGGACAUAAACUUGCCUGUUGAUAAACAUGAUCUCUGUUUCAGUUUAGUCAUUCAAUAAACUCUGAUCAUUUUAUUCUAUCAUCGCGUCAUCUCCGUGUCUUGUGUUAACGUCAUUGAUGUGUCUUAGAGAACUGACGGUCAGGAAUGAGUUAACAUCACUGGUGGGGUAAAGAUGUUAGUAAUUAUAGAGACUGCCUAUAGGGGUCACUCAUAUGGGUAAUGUUUCCCUCCUGAUAGGGUUGUGGAAGAAAUGUGAUGAGAGAAAAACAUUCUUUGGGCGUCUUAAUCUCUGUUUGAAUAAAAAUUAAUCUGUCUCUUCCUGA